AUGGUUCGCCACAAGAAGGACAAAUUCAGAGGUGGUAAAAGCCACGGCCCGCCUCGACCUCGACCCGGCCAAGACGACUCCGAAAAUGCCACCGAUGGGCGCCCAUCCUUCAAAGCCGCCUGCUGGGAUCUGAACCACUGCGAUCCGAAACGAUGUUCCGGCAAGAAGCUGAUCAAGCUGGGCAUGAUGCGCGACCUGCACGUUGGACAGAAACACAAUGGUGUCAUCAUCACCCCGAACGGGAAACACACACUGUCACCAGCUGACAAGGACCUCAUGGAUCAAUACGGCGCCGCAGUGGUGGAGUGCUCGUGGGCGCGGACGCAGGAGGUCCAAUGGAGCAAGGUUGGCGGCAAAUGCGAGAGGUUGCUGCCGUACCUAGUGGCCGCAAACACGGUCAAUUACGGCAAACCUUGGCGGUUGAACUGCGUGGAAGCGUUGGGUGCUGCAUUCGCCAUUUGUGGACACUUGGACUGGGCAGAGGAAAUAUUGGCACCUUUCAACUACGGACAGUCGUUUCUUGACAUUAACUCGAGUCUGUUGAAAAAGUACGCCGCCUGCGCCGACGAAGCCGAGAUCAAGAAGGCCGAGGCCGCAUGGAUGGAAAGGCUGGAGAAGGAGUACAACGAGAGCAGAGAGGAGGGAGACGGCGACGAUCUAUGGAAGGGCGGAAAUUCAAAUCACCGCGUCACCAUGCCAUCUGAUGACGAGGACGAGGAAGAGGAUGGCAGCGAGGACGGGAACAAGGAUGACGACAAUGAAAGCACCAACGGCAUAUACCUGGGGAAGAAGCCGCCAUCCCAAUGGCCAAAGAUCGGCGAAAGCACGCAAAAAGAGGAAGAGACCCAGAACAGAGACCCCUUUGCAAUAUCAGACGAUAGCGACGACGAUGCGCAAAUGGAGGAGAUUCGUCGCAGGGUGCUUGCGUCGAAACCGUUCGCCAAUCCCGAGGAUGACGGCCAUAAGAAGAAACUCGAGAUAGUAUCUCGUCCAGAACCUCGAUAUCGCAUUGACGAAGACAUCCAGCCUGAUUCGGACAACGAAGAGGAUGACGAAUUUGAUGACAUCAUAAAUGCGAGGCCCGUAACGGACAGAGUAGGAUUGUCAAAACUGGCAAAGGAGAGGGAAAGGGCAAAUGUCACCACCAGGACAUUCAUGUCCGGCGGCGUUUCUGCGCCAAAACGGUGGUAG